AUUCUCAUCUUACUUGCCAUAGCAUAACCAAAUCUUUCAAAUCAUCAUGUCUGGACGUGGUAAAGGAGCAGGAAAGGCCCGUGCUAAGGCCAAGAGCCGAUCUGCCCGUGCAGGACUUCAGUUCCCAGUCGGUCGUGUCCACCGAUUCCUUCGCAAGGGGAACUAUGCCCAGCGUGUCGGUGCUGGUGCCCCAGUCUACCUAGCUGCCGUGCUCGAGUACCUGGCAGCUGAGAUCCUCGAGCUGGCUGGCAACGCCGCCCGCGACAACAAGAAGACACGUAUCAUCCCCCGUCACUUGCAGCUGGCUGUCCGUAACGACGAGGAGUUGAACAAGCUGCUCAGCGGAGUUACCAUCGCUCAAGGUGGUGUCCUCCCCAACAUCCAGGCUGUCCUUCUGCCCAAGAAGACCUCCAAGGCCUCCAAGUAA